AUGUCUGCUAAAGGUGCUCUCUCUAUCGUCCCCGCCGGUGUCCUUUCCGGUGAUGACACCCGAAAACUCUUCACAUACGCUAGAGACAACAAAAACGUAACCUCCUCAUCAACCGUUAACGCUACCCUCGAAGCUGCCAGAGCUAUCAACUCCCCUAUCAUCAUCCAACUCUCCCAAGGUGGUGCCGCCUUCUUCGCCGGUAAAGGCCUCCCCAACGGUAACCAAGAAGCCUCAAUCGCCGGUGCCGUCGCUGCCGCCCACUUUGUUCGAUCAGUCGCUCCAUCUUACGGCAUCCCCGUUGUCCUCCACACCGACCACUGUGCCAAGAAGCUCCUCCCUUGGUUCGAUGGUAUGCUCGACGCCGAUGAGGCUUACUUCAAGGAACACGGUGUCCCUCUUUUCUCUUCUCACAUGUUGGAUUUGUCCGAGGAAUCCAAGGAGGACAACAUCAAGGACUGUGUCUUCUACUUUAAGCGAAUGGCCAAGAUGAACCAAUGGCUCGAGAUGGAAAUCGGUAUAACCGGUGGUGAGGAGGAUGGUGUCGACAACACCUCCGUCGACAACAACUCCCUUUACACUCAACCCGAAGACAUCUGGGAUGUCUACUCCGCCCUCGCCGCCAUCUCCCCCAACUUCUCCAUCGCUGCCGGUUUCGGUAACGUCCACGGUGUUUACAAGCCCGGAAACGUCGUUCUCCGACCGGAACUCCUCGGUAAGCACCAAGCUUACGCCGCUGAGCAACUCAAGGGUGAGAAGGGUGACAAACCUUUGUACCUUGUUUUCCACGGUGGUUCCGGAUCAACCAAGGAGGAAAUCAAGACUGCCGUCGUUAACGGUGUUGUCAAGAUGAACGUUGAUACCGAUAUUCAAUUCGCCUACUUGUCAGGUGUCAGAGACUUCGUCCUCAAGAAGGCCGACUACCUCAAGACCCAAGUUGGUAACCCUGAAGGAGCCGAUAAGCCCAACAAGAAGCAAUACGACCCCCGAGUCUGGGUUAGAGAAGGUGAGAAGACCAUGGUUGAGCGAGUUAAGGAAGCUUGUGUCGAUCUCGGUAACGAGAACAGAGCUUAA